AUGGAAGAUUCUUAAAAUACUAAAGAAGAGUUAUCUUAAUAGCUAGUUAUAAAGUUUAUUUCGCUAACUCAAAAAGAGAAUUUUGAAAAAGCGAUAAAUAUUUUGAGGGAGAAUCCUGAUCUUCCAAUUUUAGAUACAGUUGAUAAAAAAUAUAAUAAUGCUCUCCAUUAUGUCUGCUUGCAUAAUAGCAUUGAAACUUUUGAUGUAGUUAUGUCCUACUUAGAAUAUAUAGUAAAAUGCAAUAAUCAGUCUAAUGAAUUAAUCACUCAAUUUCUAGUUAGUAAAAAUGAAGAUGAUUACUCACCUUUCCAUUUGUCAGUUUACAAGGGGAAUUUAGAAAUGAUAGAAAAAAUGAUGCAAUAUAAUAUAGAUAUUUCUAUUAGAGCUAGAAAAGGCUUAUCAGUAUUACAUUUGGCUGCUUAAGGAAAUCACCCACAUAUAUUACAUUACUUUUUGUAGAAAGGGAUAAACAUAGAUUUAAAAAAUCAGCAUGGAGGUACAGCUUUACAUUAUGCAGCAUUUUCAAAGUCUGCUGAAAGUGUAAUGUAUCUGAUUUCUAAAGGAAGUGAUAUAAAUUUAUAAGAUAAUUAGGGAGCUACUCCUUUGUUUUUAGCAGCUAUCCAGCUAGAUAAUACUUAUAUUGCUAAUAAGCUUUUGAAAAAAGGAGCAGACCCAAGAAUAAAAAAUAAGGAUGGUAAAGAUGCUAUUUAAGCAGCUCAAGAAAAAAAGAAUACAGAUAUGGUUAAACUUUUAAAAAAAAAGAAUGGUUUAGUUGAAUUAAUGAAUAUAAAAUCGGCACAAAAGCCAGUAAAAUGCAAACUACUACCUUUGAUAUUAAAUAUGGUUCUCUUUUUGAUCGUGUCUAUAGCUACCUUUGUGUUUAAUAUUCCAUAUUUCACGAACGGAUUUUGGAUACUACUGCUAACUUUCUUACUAUUUAUAAGCUUUAUUUCAUUUUUACUUAGUUGGUUAAUUGAACCAGGAUAUAUAAGAACUACAGAUAAAAAGAAAGAUUUAGAAUAUCAGUUAAAGUGUUUGUAGUAAAGUAACGAUGAUCAUGAAAUUUGCUACGAAUGUAUAUUAUUGAGACCACCUCGCUCAAAGCAUUGUGAAUACUGCCAACGUUGUGUAAUAGUUUAUGAUCAUCAUUGUCCUUGGAUUAAUAAUUGUGUAGGAGCUAAUAACUAUCUUUGGUUUUCAAUUUUCAUAUUUUCUACAUUUUUUUAUGCACUAUUCAUAAUAGUCACCUCUUCAAUGUAUAUGAUGGAGAGUAAUUAUGGAAAUUAUGGAUUAAAAUUUAAUAAUCAAAACACUCAGCUGAUCCUUCAUAAAUUAUCAUCUAUAAUAUGUAUAGUAAUUGGAAUUUUCACUUGCUUAAUGCUUUCAGUAUUAAUUAAGGUCUAAAUUUCAAAUAUGGCAACAGGCAAAACCACACAUGAAAGAUUUAAUGGAGUUUAUUAAAAGAAAACUCAUCAAAAAUUUUAAAAUCGAGAACUAACAAUUUAAUAACAAAGUUCAAAUGAAUAAUCAAGCACAGAAGAUGAUACUCUUUCAAAUGAACUAAUGUAAAAUUAGUAGAAUGAUAGUGAUUUAGAAAGCCAACAUAAUUUUAGAAAAAAGAAAAAGAACACUCAUUUCUCUUGUUUUUAAGGAAUAAUUUAACUUUGUUUCACUAAUAAAAAUAACUCUGAAUAUAGAAAUUUCCAAUUCUGA